ACUCGGGGAGGAUGAGGGAGGAUGAUGGUGGGUGGAGGUUGCGGACCCUCCCUAUGCAGCACGGGCCAGAGUCCUAGGGUUCGCUCUGAGGCCUAGAGAAGGCCCUGGAGUUCUGCUCGCGUGAAAGCAGCCGAGCCCGAGACACCUCCACAUUCUCAGGCCUGAAUCACAGCCCGCCCCUUUAUCCCAACGUCCAGGAUCAACUUGAAAUGUUAUAUCCCAGCCAUGAAGCUAGGCCAUGUCUGGUCCAACUGAUGAGACUGCAGGAGACUUGCCUGUGAAAGACAUAGGUCUAAACCUCUUUGGAAUGGGAGAGUUACAAGAAACUUCAGCAACACGGACAAUGAAGUCUCACCAGGCAGUGUCGCGUGUCAGUCGUGAGGAACUGGAAGACAGAUUUUUGCGUUUGCAUGAUGAGAACAUUUUACUUAAACAGCAUGCCUGCAAGCAGGAGGAUAAAAUUAAAAGAAUGGCCACCAAGUUAAUACGGCUAGUUAAUGACAAGAAAAGAUAUGAGCGGGUUGGUGGCGGCCCCAAGCGGCUGGGACGAGAUGUGGAAAUGGAAGAAAUGAUUGAGCAGCUGCAAGAGAAAGUCCAUGAGCUCGAAAGACAAAAUGAAGCCCUCAAACACAGACUAAUUUCAGCCAAACAGCAACUUCAAAUCCAGGGUUACAGGCAAACUCCAUACAAUAACGUACAAUCUCGCAUUAACACUGGGCGUAGAAAAGCAAAUGAAAGUGCAGGCUUUCAGGAAUGCCCCAGGAAAGGUAUAAAAUUCCAAGAUGUAGAUGUAGCUGAAAAUCCACAUCCCAUGUUUACAAAAUAUGGCAACAGUUUACUUGAAGAAGCCAGAGGAGAAAUAAGAAAUUUAGAAAAUGUUAUUCAGUCACAAAGAGGCCAGAUAGAAGAGUUAGAGCACUUGGCUGAGAUCCUGAAAACUCAGUUGAGGAAAAAAGAAAAUGAAAUUGAGUUAUCUCUUCUUCAGCUUCGAGAACAGCAAGCUACAGAUCAAAGGUCAAAUAUUCGGGACAAUGUAGAAAUGAUUAAGCUUCAUAAACAGCUAGUGGAGAAAAGCAAUGCUCUUUCAGCAAUGGAAGGAAAAUUUAUUCAGCUUCAAGAGAAGCAAAGAACUCUCAGAAUCAGCCACGAUGCCUUGAUGGCAAAUGGGGAUGAGUUAAACAUGCAACUUAAAGAGCAGCGUUUAAAAUGCUGCAGUCUUGAGAAACAAUUACAUUCUAUGAAGUUUUCUGAAAGAAGAACAGAAGAGCUGCAGGAUAGAAUUAAUGAUUUAGAAAAGGAACGGGAACUUUUAAAAGAAAACUAUGAUAAACUUUAUGACAGUGCCUUCAAUGCUGCCCAUGAAGAGCAAUGGAAGUUAAAGGAGCAGCAGCUGAAAGUACAGAUUGCUCAGCUUGAGACUGCCUUGAAAUCUGACUUAACAGACAAAACUGAAAUCCUUGACAGAUUAAAAACUGAAAGAGACCAAAAUGAAAAACUCGUUCAAGAGAAUAGAGAACUGCAGUUACAGUAUCUGGAACAAAAGCAACAACUUGAUGAACUUAAAAAACGCGUGAAAUUUUACAACCAGGAGAAUGAUAUUAAUGCUGAUGAAUUGAGUGAAGCUCUCCUACUUAUAAAGGCUCAAAAAGAACAAAAAAAUGGGGACCUUUCCUUUUUAGUGAAAGUAGAUAGUGAAAUUAAUAAAGAUCUAGAACGCUCUGUGAGAGAGCUGCAAGCAACUCAUGCAGAAACAGUGCAAGAGCUUGAAAAGACAAGAAAUAUGCUAAUUAUGCAACAUAAAAUUAAUAAAGAUUAUCAGAUGGAGGUUGAGGCAGUGACCCGUAAGAUGGAAAAUUUGCAGCAAGAUUGUGACCUCAAAGUGGAACAGUAUGUUCAUCUUCUAGAUAUUAGGGCUGCACGCAUCCAGAAGCUAGAAGCCCAAUUAAAGGAUAUUGCCUAUGGCACCAAGCAGUACAAAUUUAAACCAGAAAUCAUGCCAGAUGACUCUGUUGAUGAAUUUGAUGAAACCAUCCACUUAGAACGAGGCGAAAAUCUUUUUGAAAUCCAUAUCAACAAAGUAACCUUUUCUUCUGAAGUUUUACAGGCAUCUGGAGAUAAAGAGCCUGUCACUUUCUGUACCUAUGCUUUCUAUGAUUUUGAACUACAGAUAACGCCUGUAGUGCGAGGCCUUCAUCCCGAAUACAACUUCACUUCUCAAUAUCUUGUUCAUGUUAAUGACUUGUUUUUGCAAUAUAUUCAGAAGAAUACUAUCACCCUCGAGGUCCACCAAGCUUAUAGCACAGAAUAUGAAACAAUUGCAGCAUGUCAAUUAAAAUUUCAUGAAAUUCUUGAAAAAAGUGGCCGAAUAUUUGGUACAGCAAGUUUGGUUGGAACUAAAGGAGACAUCCUAAAUUUUGGUACAGUGGAAUACUGGUUCCGAUUAAGAGUUCCCAUGGAUCAAGCAAUUCGACUUUAUCGAGAACGGGCAAAGGCUUUGGGAUAUAUAACAUCAGAUUUUAAGGGGCCAGAGCAUAUGCAGUCGUUAAGUCAGCAAGCACCCAAAACUACUCAGCUCAGUUCUACAGAUUCCACAGAUGGCAACCUAAAUGAACUUCACAUUACAAUAAGAUGUUGCAACCACCUGCAGUCCCGAGCAAGCCACCUGCAGCCACACCCAUACGUUGUGUACAAGUUUUUUGAUUUUGCAGACCAUGAUACAGCCAUCAUUCCCAGUAGCAGUGAUCCACAGUUUGAUGAUCAUAUGUAUUUCCCAGUGCCAAUGAAUAUGGAUUUGGAUCAAUACCUUAAGUCAGAGUCUCUGAGUUUUUAUGUUUUUGAUGAUAGUGAUACCCAGGAGAAUAUUUACAUAGGAAAAGUUGAUGUGCCUCUGAUUUCAUUGGCACAUGACAAGUGUAUCUCAGGAAUAUUUGAGUUAACAGACCAUCAAAAGCAUCCUGCUGGCACCAUCCAUGUGAUACUGAAAUGGAAAUUUGCUUACCUUCCACCAAGCGGAUCAAUAGCAACUGAAGACUUAAGAAAUGUCAUACACAGAGAAGAGCCAGAAGUUGUUCAAAGACUUCCUCCAGCAUCCUCUGAUAGCAUACUAGAAGCACCAAGACCUAAACCAAGACGACGUUUAACACCAGUAGAUAAGAAGGUGUCUUUCGUGGAUAUCAUGCCGCAUCAGAGUGAUGAGACUUCUCCUCCUCCUGAAGAUAUGAAGGAAAUUUUGCCAGAAGUGGAGCAUAUACCAGAAAUAGAAAUUAAUGUGCCAACUGUUUCACAUGUUCCCAAGGUUUCACAAGAAAGCAGUGUAGAUGAGGUAAAAGAGAAUACUGAGAAAAUGCAGCAAGGAAAAGAUGAUGUGUCUUUACUAUCUGAAGGUCAGCUUGCAGAACAAAGCUUGGCAUCUUCUGAAGAUGAAACAGAAAUAACAGAGGACUUGGAACCGGAAGUUGAAGAGGACAUAUCAGCUUCUGACAGUGAUGACUGUAUUAUUCCAGGUCCUAUCUCCAAGAAUAUCAGACAGGCUUAAUCUCUCAUUAAAACAAAAUCACAGACCAGGCACAGUGUUUCACACCUGUAAUCCCAAUACUCUGGGAGCCCAAGGCAGGAGGAUCACAUGAGCCCAGAAGUUCAAGGCUGCAGUGAGCUAUGGCUGCACCACUGCCCUGCAGUCUGGGUAACAGAGUGACAUUCUGUCUCUACCCAAAUAAAUAAAACAAUAGAACUGAACAUUUCUGUUGUUGUCACAGAUUCCUCCAUGAAAUAGAGAUAUCCAUCGUUUCUGUGCUCGACAAAUACAAAUAGAACAUUUCAUCUGUCCAAAGUUUUAUCAUUUUUAUUAUAUAUUUAUUAAUUAUAAUCUCAUCUAAUCUAUGAAAACUCCUACAUAGACCUACAAUAGAACCAUGUGUAUGUUGGCAACAUUGCUAGCAUCUCAGUGAAGUUGUACAUUGCUCUUAACUAAGGUAAAAUAAACUUUAAUAAAGAAGUUUAGCAAAAGAAAUUAUUAUUUCUCUGAAAUAUUCAAAUAAUUUAAUGUACAUAUACAUAUUUUUUCUUUGUAAUAAACUGGAUUUUUUCCAUUACUUAAGGUAAAAUAAUUUGUGUUACUUGGCUACAGUCUGAUACAGUCUUCACUAUCAUUCCAAAAUUUGAUUUCCUAUAAUGGUUUCAGAUGCUAUCUGAAAUGUGAACAUCAUUUAAAGCAAGAAAUUCUUCAUGCUUCACCUCCCAUGGGUUUUAAAAAUUCUAUUUUCAGCAUCAGUCACUGCCCAGCACCUAUGUUUUCUUAGUUUGUUUUGUGUUACUAUAAAGCUAUACCUCAGGGUGGGUAAUUUAAAAAGAAAAGUGGUUUAUUUGACCCACAGUUCUGCAGGCUGUAAAAGAGGCAGGGCACUGGCAUUUGCCUUUGGUGAGAGCCUCAAGCUGCUUUCACUCAUGGCAGAAGGCUAAGGGGAGCCACAGCAUAUGGAGAUCACAUACCAAGAGAGGAAGGAAAAGAGAGAGAAGUAAGAGUUGCCAGCUUAUUUUUAACAAUCAGCUCUCAGGGGAACUAACAGAGUGAGAGCAUUAAUCUAUUCGUGUGGGAUUUGCUCCCAUAACCCAGACACCUCCCACUAGACUCCACCUCCCCACACUGCAGGUUAAAUUUUAACAUGACUUUGGUGGAGACAAACAAAUCAUAUUCAAACCACAGCAUAUUGUUAACAGGUGAAAUUUAGUUUUGGUAAAUUAUAUACCAAAUAUAGUAAAAUGGUAUCAUCUGAAAGCCUGGGAACAAAACUCAAGAAAUUAUAAUGGCUAAUGGUAUUGUUUGAAUGAUGGUAUCCCCUCCAAAAUUUAUGUUGAAACUUAAUCCCCAAUGCAACAGUAUUAAGAAAUGUGGCCUUUAGGAGAUGAUUAAGUCAUGAGGACAGAGCUGUCAUGAAUGGGAUUAGCACCCUUCUGAAAGGGCAUGAUAUUGAAGAGACACUGUCUUGCUCUUCUGCCAUAUGAGAACAUAGCAUUCCUCUUCUGCAGAGGAUGCAGCAACAAGGCACAAUCUUGGAGACAGAGAGCAGCCCUCACUAAACACCAAACCUGCUGACACCUUGAUCUUGGACUUCCCAGUCUCCCAAACUCUGAGAAAUAAAUUUCUAUUAUUCAUAAGUUACCCAGUCUGUGAUAUUUCAUUGUAGCAGCACAAAUGGACUAAGACAGUGAAAUACAGGAUUGUCUAUUGAUUUUACCAGUUUUUGUGUGUACUACUUUAGCAAAUCAUUUAAUAUGAAUAAUAGAACCUUUCUCUUUAAAGAUUGCAAAAGUGGUACAAAGAACUUCUGUAUAUUCCUUACCUGAAUUCACAGAUUUUAACUUUUUACUUAUUUUGUUUAACUUUUUACUCAUUUGUUUUAUCAUUUCUAGUCUCUCUCCUGCAUAUACGUAUAGUGCACAUACUUAGGUAUUUACUUAUAAACAUACAUUCUUUCAUACACAAUUGUUAUAAACCAUUUGAGUAUUGCAGAAAUCAUGCCCCUUUAACCCUAAACACUUCAGAACAAUUAUAUGAUAUUCUUCUCUAACUUACAGUUUUCAUUAGAAUUUUGCCAGUUGUCCUAGUAGUAUCAUUUAUAGUAUCUUAUUCAUAUAGUCCAAGAUCCAGUCACUAGUUUUCAUUUAGUGAAAACGAAAUCACACAUUGCAUUUAGUUUUCAUGGCUCUUUAGCCUCCAUUAAUCUGUAAUGGUUCUUCAGGCUUUCUUGCAGUCUUUUGUAACAGUGACACUCUUUAAUACAGGCCCUUUAUGUUGUAAAAUAUUCUUUAUUGAAUUUGUCUGGUGUUUCCUCCAGAUCAGAUUCCAGUUAUACAUUUUGGUAGGAAUACAGCAGUGAUACUAUGUCCUCUUCAUUGCACCAUAUCAGGAGGCACAAAAUGUCAUUUUGUCUAAUUAUUGAUGGUGUUAACUUUGGUUGAAGUAUUGUUUCAUAAAUUCUUUUGUAAGCUUAAAAAUACUUGUGGUUCAUUCAUUUUUUCUUUUGUCUUCUCUUUAAGAACUGUUUCUGGUAGAAGUCUCAGAAUAGUGAGACAUAGCUUGCAUAGGCAGGAAUGUAUUACUGAAUGCCUGUUAUGUGCUAAGUACAUCCUAUGUUAAUAUUUCCUCACAACAGUUCUUCAUUUAUUAGCAUACAGUGUGUGUCAGGCAGGCAUACAAGAAGCAAUUCCUUCCCUCAAAUAAUUCGUAGUCCUGGGGGAGGGGAACACAAAUUAUAAUGCAUAGUGGUCUGCACCAGGAGAAUGGAAUGCAUGGGGUGCUAUGGGAGCAUUCGGAAGGGGUCCCUAAGUCAGCAUGAGGGGCCUUCCCUUCAUCAAGGAUGACAUCCUAGAGUCAGCAAAGCUGGAGCCAGUAUUGAAGAUGAUUGGGAGUUCAUGAAAAGAGAGAGAUAAUUAUAGGCCAUAGAAAUGAAAAGCAUGAGAAUCUGAGAGAACAUAGUGCAUGGCUUGUUCUAGAAUUCAGAAUGGUUUUAGGAUGGGCCAAGCCUAUUAUGAUAUGCUUAGGAAGCCCAGGAGAAUAGGCUGAAAAGGUAGGCAUAAUCCAGAACAUUGAGACCUCUGAGAUUUGUAAGGAAUGGGGAUAGAAGAUCACUCAUUCAUUCAACAGAUAUGUAUGUAGUGAGCAUUUGCUGUGUUCCUAGCCUUGUUCUAGGGACUGGGAAUAGAUCCAUGAAUACAAAAAAUUAAGCUCCUGUUCUUAAGGAGUUUGCACGUUUAGAUCACAUUUUGAAAGAUCAUGCCAUCAGUAAUGUAAAAAAUAGACUAGAAUAGAGGAACAGACUAGUUAAAAAGGAAUUAGGUAACCCUACUUUAUAGUUAUCCCCACUUUAUAGACUUUUUAAAAAUUGCCUCUAUUUAUAACGUUAGAAAAUUAGGACUAGAAGUAGUGCCCUAGAUAAAUAUCAUUUAUGCCAGUUACACUGUGAGUUUGAAGUAUCUGAUAUACUGUGUAAGCAAUUUAAGAUCAUUCAGUUUCUUUUCUUCAUGUUACAGAAUCAGACAGUUCAUAGUUAUUUCUUAGAAAUGUUGAUCCUUAAAAGGAAUCUAACAGAUUUCCCAGGACUUCUACAUAUUACUUGGUUUUUUCUCUUCAUGUCUGUGAUGUAUAAUUAAUCAUAGAUUACUUCAUUUUGUUUCAUUUCAUUUACAACAUUUAUGAGCUUCACUUUGUCAGUCUGAAA